AUGUUCGACCCGCAAACAGCAGGGGCAUUUGAGGCGUUGCGGGCCCUCCGUCGCUUCGAAAGUGGGGAGUGUAUUCCCGUAUUUGCGGUGCAAUGGAAAUACGCGGCGGGAAGCGGUCCGGGUGAAGUUUUCGAGCAUGCGCACGCGGGUCCAGCUGGGCGCCCACGCGUGUUUUGGAACGCACGGGCACUCGAAGCGACCAGGGUUGCCGCGAGAGAACUCAGUUCACCAAAGGAGCCUUUAGGGCGUGUUGGCUGCAGCAGUGAGCCUUUGCGCCAAUUGAAGUGGAACUGCGCGCGGCAGCGCUUGCCACAAGCGGGGCAUCGAAGGUCGAGGGCGCGCUGA